CCGCCCCUCGCCGGGGGCAGCCGCACACAGUCGGCCGCCACCACCUCAGCUGUGCUGGGUCUUCGCUGACUGACUGUGGUCGCCCGCAGUUCUCCGCCCGCAGCCUGCCGCCGACAGCCGAAGGUCUCACACGUCCACCGCCACCGUCACCGCCGGAGCGCCAGAUUCAUCCAUGAGCUCGGAUUUCCCACACUACAACUUCAGAAUGCCUAAUAUUGGAUUCCAGAAUCUGCCUCUCAACAUAUAUAUUGUGGUUUUUGGCACUGCCAUAUUUGUCUUCAUUCUUAGUUUACUCUUCUGUUGCUACUUGAUUAGGCUGAGACAUCAAGCACAUAAAGAAUUUUAUGCCUACAAACAGGUUAUAUUAAAAGAGAAAGUAAAAGAACUGAAUUUACAUGAGCUCUGUGCAGUAUGUCUAGAAGACUUCAAGCCUCGAGAUGAGUUGGGGAUUUGUCCAUGUAAGCAUGCCUUCCACAGAAAGUGCCUUAUUAAGUGGUUGGAGGUUCGGAAAGUGUGUCCCCUGUGCAACAUGCCAGUUCUGCAGCUGGCCCAGUUGCACAGUAAACAGGACCAUGGACCCCCCCAGGGCCCCCUCCCCGGAGCAGAAAACAUUGUAUAGCUCACUGUGUGGAUCAGACUGUUGCUGGAUGAGAUCUGCGUGGAGCCAGGAGGAACACAAGCAGUCUAUGUCUUGGCUGCUGUCUACCUGAGGCACCAGCUGCCAUUUCCCUUGCCUCGUGGAGAACUCUUGGCCAGCUAGGCUGGGAACCCAGGCCUCUGGAUCUUGUGACAAUCAACGCAGUCUGACAUCACCCUACGCCAAGAGGAUUGGAUAAGCCUGCAAGUUUGUUUCCAGAAACUUCAUAAUGGUCUCUUGCUAACUCCAUUACGCUGUUUACCAGGCACUUACCUCCAUGUCAAGGUGAAUCUUUAUUAAUUUAAGCAGAAGGGAAGGAUGAACACAGGUGUUAGAGAAGGGAGCUGAGAAAAGGUUUCUAAAUCCGUACCCCACCCUAAGGACGAUAAGCUUCUGUGCAGAACCCUGGAAACCUGGCAGCCCUGAGCCAAGUAAAGCCAGCGGUUACGCCAGCUGAAGCACAACCUGCCAGUGCCCGUAAGGCUUGUGUUCAUCCGAUAAGGUCAUACUGAACCCAAGGGCUUUCGGUGCAAUUGCGCAGUCCUCUCACCACUUUGCCCCAAGUUCAGUGCUUGGUGUCACAUCAAGCUGAAAACAAUCAGUGGGGCUGAAAAGGCCUGAUCAGAGAUCAUUUCCUCUGAUCAUGUCCCCUCCUUUUCACCGGUGGGGCUCAUCAGGAGCCCGCACUGUCCCUGUAUGACCUGGGGGCCCACAAUACUGUGCAGGGUCCUUAUAGCUGCUGCAUUCUGCUUGUCGCUUUAGGACCACUGUGAGCCCCUCAAGUGACCCCAGAGAGGAGCAGCUUUCUGAGAAAGGCUGAUCUGCCUGGCCCCAUUGGAUGAAGAUGCUGCUUCAUCCAGCUUUGCCCCUCUUCUUUCCCUCUGUUCUUUUGUCUCUUGCCCUGUUUCUACUUAAAAUGCUUGCCAGUGACUUUUAAGUUUAUCCUUAUAAGAUCACUGUGUAAGUCUGAAGCCCAAAGCCAGUGAUCCACUCAGAAUUAUAACUGGGUCCAUCCCCUCCUUCACUGGUGUGUGCCUCAGUAUUUGGACUUGCAUUGAUGACUGCAGGUGUCUUUAUAAGAGGGAAGUGCACGCUGCCCUUUGGCUCUUUCUGUCCUGCUUUUCUGAAAAUGAUUCUGCCCCCUCUUAAGCUCUAUAACUCAGUCAUAAAAGCAUCAGUGAGUGACAGAAAAUGUUCUUUCCCCCAGCCUGCUCUCUCCACCACAGGAGCGCUUCCACAAGGCCUCAGCAACCACUGUGUUCCGCUCCAUCCACAGGUGUGAGUGGGGAGGGUUUUUACUGGAAAGUCUGUGUGACAUGGAGAGAGGAUGGAAGGGCUUGCUGCUCUGCUUAUGGCAUAUUCCGGGCAUUUUUAGGGGAGUCCAGCCUGUACUGUCUUGGAAUGAGAGCAAACCUAUCCUUGGCUCAGGUGGCUGAGGUCAGAUGAGAAGGAAAAUUCCCAUUUGCCUAGAAAAGUGCCAAGCAGAAUCCAGUUUGGAAAAUUACUAAUCCAGUCAGAAUUGGCCGUUUCCUAUGGGUGAUCUAUUUGUGGUAUGCCAACUGGCCUGCUUCCUAAACAGGGCAAGAGAAGUAUGAACUAUUUUUAUUCGAACGCCUUAGCCUGUUUGGCUACAAACACAAAAGGAGAACUCUUUAUACACACUCACCCUCCUUUCAUGUUGUUUGUAGCAUGACUGCACCUAAUGCUGCAACACCCAGUUUACAGUGAAAUGUUUUCAGUGACCAAUGUCAGAAGUGGCUUGCUUUGGGCCUAACCUCCUCAGUAGCUAGCAUGUACCAUUUUUAUAGCAACCUGGAGUAGAUGUCCCUUUCUAGUAGGGCUCCAACAGAAAGAAUCCUUCCCAUCAAAGGAGGAAUGCCUAUGCUCUAUACAACUACUGACACAGCCUCUGAAGGAUUCUCACAGUUCAGUUGCAGCCCUUUCGGUCCCUUUGCAGAACUGAGGACACAGCCUCAUGAGUCCCCUGCCUUUGCACAGAGACAGAAUAGUGAGCUCACUGUGUCAGAGUUCCAGGCAGGUGGAGGCAGUUGGUGCCAGGCUGGCCCUCAGGCAGUGAGUCUCUUCCCUAGCCUCACUUUCACCACACUUAUGGAUAUGGAGUGCUUCAAGGCAUUUCUUCUAGAACCAGCUAGAGCUGGAGAUGUAUUUCCCCUCACCCCAUCUCCUGUGUUGUGGCCUACAGUGGCAGGUGGCAGGCCCAAUAUCACUCAUAGUUCUGGCAGCUCUUGGCCACACAACCCCAGUAGGUUUGCUCCCCACCCCCAAACCAGCCUUUAUGUCUACAGCACUGGCCAUGCAAAUGACCCCUUCAUUAAUGUCAUCUCUUUACUCAGAUUAAAUUCACAAGUUUCUGAAGGCAACUCCAUCCACACUUUUUAAAAGAACCAUGUAGGGGGGAAAAUGAUGUAAGGAUCCCUUUAUACUCCCUUGGCUCAGACCCAAAUUCAUAGAAGGCUGCCCUUUCCACACCCAUGAGCACUCGUCUGUGGUUAAAUGUGUGGAUACAAGGGCACUCCACGCUGCUCUUGGAUGGUGUAGUUCCUCAGUGUCUUAGGCAGCACAAUGUGCACCAUGGGUUAAUGGAGUGCACUGUCCCAGCUGGACCCUUGUGGCUAAAUCAUUAUCUGGUCAUUGCUAGGGUCACAAAUGAACUGAACUGGAUGCAGAAACUGGGAACAGUCUCAUCUGCUGCUUUUCUUAUCUGCCCCUGGCAGAUAAGGCCCUUGUGGCCUGUGCUUGCCUAGCCAGGGAGAACGGGAAGAAAGAAUAGCCAGCUAGGGACAAGUGGCCUCUGAGGAGUUCUGGACUGAGAAAUACAGGGAAGCUCCCACAGCUAGCAAGGAUGUUCUUGACAAGACUUGACUAAUGAGGACCCUUUUCACAGCCCUACUCCAGAGCAUAUCAUCUCCAUGGCCUGAUCCUGCUCUUUGAAAGAGUAACUAGAGACUUCCUGGGGAUGAAAUACACAUAGAGAAAGGUCCCAGAGAUCUAGCAGAAGCACUUGCAAUAUGACCUCCUGGGACUCACUUGUCUUGUGCCUCUCUGGUCAACCCCCAACGCCUCAUCAGCAAGGGAUGUAGUAACAGUGACUAAACAGCCUCUUGGGACUGAGUCAAGGCACCACUGACAAUUCACAGCAUCACUGGAUGCCUCCUGAGCUGCAGGUGCCUGGUCCCCAACCUUUCCUCUCCUGACCUUCCUUGGUCACCUUCAUCUGCCUCUGCCCACAAAGCACAAAUUAGUGCCGAGUCUCCUUUUUAGUUUGAAUAUUCCCCACAAAAGCACACAAAUUAUAUAAUUGUCUUCCUUGUAGUCCUCACCCCAUGACCACUAUUAUUUUAUUCCUCAUGUAUCCUUCCAAAGAUGUGUGUAGACUCACACAUACACAUUAUCUUUUUGUUCACAAGAAGCAGGAAUUCAAGAGACAUUCCUAUCUAUGGUGACAGAGCCAUCCAGAAGUCAGAAUAUCUGUAAGAAGCCUGAAUUGGAGGUGUUUUUGCAAUGAUAUUCCCUUUGUGGGGUUUGUUGGUUUUGUUUUUGCGGAACUGGGGAUUGAACUCAGGCCCUUG